AUGUCGUGUAAUAAAGACUCGCCUAGUGAUUCUACGGAUAGUGAUACCACGGUGUGUCGAAUCGGUGUAAAAUUGCCACCAUUUUGGCCGGACCAGCCCGCGCUAUGGUUUGCGCAGCUUGGUGGGCAAUUUGCGUUAUCAAACAUAACGACGGACGCAACAAAAUUUUACCAUGUCAUAUCUGUGCCCGAUUAUAAAUACGCUACUGAGGUGGAGGAUAUAAUAAUGAAACCGCCUACAACGGACAAGUAUGAGACAUUAAAACAAUGUAGUGAGCUAACUACCCGUCUGUCUGAGAGCAAGCACCAACGAUGCUCCCAACUUUUAAACAGGCAAAAACUGGAAGACAGGAAACCUAGCCAAUUUCUUCAACGUCUUCGUAGUCUUGCUGAUAAUAAUAUCGCCGAUGACUUUUUUCGAUCCAUGUGGUUAAAUAGACUACCUGGUUACUUAUAA